AACACAUGGCUGCGUUUGGGACAGACAACGCAUGCUCGGUUACACCUCAUCAGAUGCCAGUAAUUGGUAAUAUCCGCGUUAUAGAAGGGUCCGUGGCAGAACACUUAGCAUAAUCCCUGCCGAGCCUGAGUGUCUGUAAUCCCUGUGCUACGGAAGCCGGCUGGUAGUGUUCCGCAGGCUCUUCCUGGCCGUGCCACUGCAGCCCCCAAGCAUCGAGCCGUAGAUAGGUAUCCGCGUUAGUGUACAGCCAUCCUUAGUGAGUUUACUUAGUAGUUCUCAGUCUCUCCUCUCUCAGCUAUGGAGGCCGGCUCCGCGUGUCCACGGCCUCUAUUCGGCCGUGCCGCUGCAGCCGUGAAAUCUCAUACCGUUCUAGUUAGCAGUGCUGGCAUUUUGGGCGCGAACUCUAGUAGGUCUUAUAAUAGAGGUAGCGAUUUCGGUGGCAAUGUGCUCUGCGUUAGAGCCGUGCAACGGGGGACGGGCCCUAUUUGCCCGGUGGGGUGUCGGGACGGCGAAAUGCGCGGCGAUUGGCGCCCGCUCGUCGCGCGCGCGCUGCUCGGUGGAAGAGCCGCCCAAACGGGGAAAAUCGGCGCAAGAAGGAGCAGGGAGGUGGGGGAGGGGUUGAGGAUAGAGUCGCCGCGUGCGAUUCUGGGCGGCGGCGGCGGGCUGGGCGACAUUGACGUGGACAUUGCACAGGCCGCGUGGGCGAUUGCGACGGCGCUGGGGGUCGCUUCCGCGUCCAUGCGCGGCGGGCAGGGGAAGGGGGAGGCGGAAGCGGAGACGCAGAUCGAGGCGGCAGGGGAAGCGCGGCGAGGGGAAGGCGCGAAGGGGGAGGUUGGCGGAAAGAGCACUGCGAAGGGAGGGGAUAGGACAGAUGCUAAUAGCGGGUUUGGAUACUCUAGUGAGACUGAUAGUGAGAAUGAGGGCAGCGAUGGGAGAAGCAGUGGGAGCAGGAGCAGUGGCAGUGGGGAGAUAGAGCCGGAUUUAUGGAGUCAAGACUCAUCGUCCCGGGGCAGUCAAACAAGUCAAGCAAGUCAAAGCAGCGAUGGAUGGUUCCAAGGCGGACAGGAACGUCAAGGCUGGUUCGAGGGAGAACAAGCUAGACAAGGGAGUCAAGGGAGUCAAACUAGUCAAGGCUGGUCUCAAGGCGAGCAAACAAGUCAAGGGAGUCAAGCAAGUCAAGGGUGGUUCCAGGGAGAGGCGGGGCAGUCUCAAGCGGCCGAAGAGCAGCCUCCUCUUGGGUCGCCAAGCGCGGACUUCCUCGCCCUAUGUCACGCGCAGCUGGAUGUGCUGGGGGUUGCGCUGCGGUGUUGCGGCGCUCAGCCCACUAGAAUCACUCUCUAUCUUCGCACACCAGAGAGUUUCCUCUCCGGGCAGAUCGAAUUGUUUCGAGUGGUGCGAAGGCUGCCCGGGGCUCGAGACAGGGCAGUUUACCGUGGCUCACAGAGUACCGAGGAGGAGGAGAGGGGGAUGGGAGGAGAGAGAGAGAUGAUGGGAGGAAGGGAAGAGGAGGUGGGAGGAGUGAGAGCGGCGAGUGAGGAGGAAGAGGAGGAGGAAGGGGAGGACAAGGGGAACGAGCCGCCCAUUGCAAAGUUGCCACCUUCAAUAGAAGCUGUGCUUGUACAGAAAGAGGUGCUCUCUCUGGAGAGCGAGGGGGCGCUGGUGGUGGCACUCACAAGAGACUCGUUCCUCCUCGGCCUGCUGGUGCUGCACCGCGAAGAGCAGCCGUCACCAUCCCCGGUGUCAGACCCAGUAACAGGCAAAGAGCAAGGCGAGGCGGCUGGCGUUGCUGGCAGAAAGAGGGAUCGACCGGAUGCAGGAAGGAGCGGAGGGGAGAGGGCAGGAGGAGAAACAUCCAGAGAUAGCUCAAGAGGUGUAGGCGCAGUGGGUAGACUGCAGCAGUGGGUGCUGAGACGACCAGAGAGGAAAGGGGAAGGUGGGAGAGGGGGAAAGAGAGUGGAGGAUGAAGUGAAGAGGGUCGAGAUCAAGUGGAGGGCUGCGAAUGAGGGUGGAGGGCAGCAGGGUCAAGGUGAGGGGACGAGAGAAAGGAGGGAGAGGGAGGUGGGUGGGGAGGAGGGUGGGGAGGUGAAGGGGCAGCAGGUGGAGUGGGUGCAGCUGAAGCCGUAUGAGGAGGAGGAGCAGCGGGCAGCAGUGGGGGUGGCACGCUCCCUUGCUCUUGCAUAUGUCAUGGAACAGAGGGCGUGGAUGAUGCAGCAGUCACUGUGGCAGCGCACUGUUACCAUCGACUCGCUGCUGGACCAGAUGCGCGCUCCCCUCUCUGCUCUCCGCACGCUGGGACGAAUGCUCAUGCCGCAAGUGGCAAAGACGGAGCUGGGCUCUGACCUCGUACAAGGCAUGGUCUCCCAGGGCGACGAGAUAGGCGACGUGCUCUCACAGCUGCAGCGCGCGCUCUACCCCCUGCCACACCCACCGGUAGCAGCCGCAGCAGAGGGAGCAGUGGGGGGCGGUUCAGCAACCCCCUUCACCACCACCCCCUCCCCGACCUUCUCCUCCUUCCCCUCCUCCAUGCCUCCAAACCAGCCCAUCCUCCCUGCCCCCCCUCCCCGCCGCACGCCCCUCCUCCUCCCCCCUCUGGCGGACACUGAGCUCCCCAUGCCCCCCCUCCUUCUGCCCGCCCCCCCUGCUGCCAACUCUCUGUCCGAUUCCGCUGCCAACCCCCAAAUGCUGGGUGUGCUAUCUGCUGGGCCCGCCCAGGCUGCUUCGGGCUGUCGGCCUUUGCUGUGCCUCGAGAGGCGCGGGCGCAGUCCUUUGGCAGCUCUCUACACACCUGUACCGUGCACCGCGUGCUGCUCCCGCUGCUGGACGCCGCCUCCUCCCUGGCUGUUGCCUGCGAGAUCCACUUUACAGUGAGCUACGGAACUUCCACGAGCAAACAGCCUUACAUCAGUGGCACGUUUGACCCCGCGUAUAACAGUGGCACAGCCGACCGGCCUGACAACAGGGCCACAGUAAGGGAGGCGCAGCGGCUGGCGACGCUGCUGUGCCCAGUAGACUGGGUGUCGGUGUCACUGCGAGUGAGGGGGCAGUUAGAGAUAUGCGGCGGAUGGGGAUGGAGAGAGAGGA